ACAAAGCCGUUUUUAUACGCUAAAACUAAUGUCGUGAUUCUGAUUGAUCCUCUUUCUCUCUAUAUAUCUACAAAUCCUUUCGAUUUUCUCGAUUCAGUUUUUUUCUUUUCUUUUGGAUUUUCAAUGGAGUAUUUCUCAUCAUCAUCAUCAGUUUUGAUAAGCUUAAGGAAUAGAGUGAAUUCAUAUUUAUCAGAAUAUGAACCAAUACUACUAGUUGUAACUCCACUCACAGCACUCUUAAUUGCUUCUACUCUUCACUCAUUCUUGAAUCAUAUUCAAAAUCAAGGAUUCAAAUCUGCUUUUAUAGGGUUUUUUAUGAACUCUAUCAAGUUGAUUCCAUUUGUUAAGAAUUACAUAGAUGCUGAGAAACAAAAGGUGGUUGAUAAGAUGCAAUCUGGUGGUAAAUCUAAAAGAGAUGGUUGGCAAACUGAGUUACCAAAGGUUGGAUUAGGAGGACAUGUAAUAGACAAGUUGAGAGAAGAGAAAGAAAAAGAUGUGGCUUGGCAAGGGAAAUGCUCCGGUACAGUAUACAUUGGUGGAAAUGACUCGGAGAGGCAUUUUUCUUUGAUAAAUGAGGCGUAUUCAAUGUUUGCACAUACGAAUCCGUUGCAUCAAGAUGUGUUUCAGAGUGUAGUACGGUUUGAGGCAGAGGUGGUUGCAAUGACAGCUGCAUUGCUUGGAAGUAAGGAAACGGCUUCGGGAGGACAAAUCUGUGGAAAUAUGACAUCAGGAGGGACUGAAAGUAUACUACUAGCUGUGAAAACAUCACGCGAUUACAUGAGAACAAAGAAGGGAAUAAGGAAACCAGAAAUGAUAAUUCCUGAAUCUGCACACUCAGCAUAUGACAAGGCUGCACAGUAUUUUAAUAUCAAGUUGUGGCGAGUCCCAGUAAACAAAGAGUUUCAAGCAGAUGUCAAAGCAAUCCGAAGAUUUGUUAACAAGAAUACUAUUUUAAUUGUUGGAUCUGCCCCAGGUUUCCCUCAUGGAAUAAUCGAUCCCAUUGAAGAACUUGGUGAACUGGCAUCCAGUAUGGGAAUUUGUUUGCAUGUCGACCUUUGCCUUGGUGGCUUCGUUUUGCCUUUUGCUCGUAAACUUGGGUACCCAAUUCCCCCCUUCGACUUUUCGGUUGAAGGAGUAACAUCAAUAUCAGUUGAUGUCCACAAAUAUGGGUUGGCUCCUAAGGGAACAAGUACAGUUCUAUACAGGAAUCAUGAAAUACGAAAGCACCAAUUUGUUGCUGUUACUGAGUGGUCAGGUGGGCUUUAUAUUUCUCCAACAAUAGCAGGGAGCAGGCCUGGGGGUUUGAGUGCCGGGGCUUGGGCAGCAAUGAUGAGUCUAGGCCUAGAAGGUUACUUGCAAAACACUAGAGAGAUCAUGGAAGUGUCUAAGCAAAUACAAAAAGGGAUAAAGGAGAUUCCUGAGCUAUUUAUCAUUGGAAGGCCAGACAUGACAAUUGUCGCAUUCGGUUCAAAUGAUUUAGACAUAUUCGAAGUCAAUGAUAUAAUGUCCUCCAAUGGCUGGCAUUUGAAUGCACUGCAGAGACCGAACAGCCUGCAUAUUUGCGUGACUCUUCAGCAUGUUUCGGUGGUUGAGGACUUCCUCAGAGUCUUGAAGGAAGCUGUGCAAACGGUUAAAGCAAAUCCCGGACCAGUCAAGGGAGGGAUGGCUCCGAUAUAUGGUGCAGCAGGGAAAAUGCCUGAUAGAGGUAUGGUUCACGAUUUGUUGGUAGAUUUUAUGGAUAGCUCUUGUUGAUGUGAGAGCCUCCAGUCAACGUUGUUCUCCUUGCCAUUUCUGUUGUAUUGAAUUUGUCUGAGACACUGGCACACGUAUUAAUUGUCUGGAGGACCACACGGUUCCUACAUAUUUAGUUUUACAUAACAAUGGGAGGAACCUGCAAGUGCAGAUCCAUGACAAUGAGAUAAUCUUAGCAAACUACUUGUGACUAUUAUAUUGAAAACGUUUGAUUUUUGUUUCACCCGA